AUUUUUUCUUUUUUUUUUUUUCUUGUCUGUGUUUGGCUUGGGCUUUGGCCAUGGAGGUGGCACUGCGCCUUGGUCGGCGGCUGGGGUUGGGGUUGGCUGCUUGCUUGGCUGCAGCGCGCAAUUCGUCGCGGUUGGUUGGUUGGUUGAGGGCGCGCUUGCUGCGCUGCUGCGAGGCGCUGUGAUGUGCGGUGCGGUGCUGCAGUGUGUGUGUGGCUGGGUCUGGGGACGAGCGGCAGGGCGGCGGGCCAGCACUGCAACCUACAGUACCUACCUACAACACAACCUGCAACGCGCGCGCCGCCGGCGGCGUCUUGCUUGCUUGCUUGCUUCCUUUCUUUUCGUCUGCUCCUGCUCCUACUACUGCUACUGCCGCUGUAGCGACAGUACCUACAUACAAGCGCGCACGCACGCACGCACCUACGCUACUCCUACCUACAGUACCUAUCGCGCGCGAUCCAUAACGGCGCAACGGCGCGGCGUGGCGGGCGAAGGACGAAGGAUGACAGAGGCAAAAAGAAAGAAAGACGGCGGACGAAGGACGGAAGGAUGGAGGGCGGAAGACGAAGAGCGGAAGGAGCAGGAAGGAGGAGCCGCAAAUGCGCAAUCCGCGAUGGAUACGGCAAGGCUGGAGCGGGACGGGGAAGGAGUUGGAAGGGCCGACUGCCCGGCUAGCUGGCUUUGGGCUUGUGGGAUGGGAUGGCAUGGGAAGCGGGGUUGGGGGGCCGUGCCGUCGUGCCGACAGAAGAUGGAGGGUUGUGGUGGUGGUGGUGGGCUGGUGGCGGGAUCCCUACCUUUGUAUGUACUCUACUGUACCUGGGUACCUGCUUAUGUAGGUGUGUGUAUGUGUAUGUUUUGUGUGUGUGUACCUACAUACGGCUGCGGUGCUGUGUUGUUGUUUCAGGGCGCGCAGAGUGCAUGCGUGCGUGGGUGCCACGGCGUGUGGUGAGACCGGUGAGAGGGCCGAGGGACGGGACUCACCGAGAGCGAGCGCGCUAGCUGCGUGCUGUCUGCCCGUGUGCUCGAGGACAAACUCUAGAGAGAGGGAGGAAGCACCAAGCUCGGCGUUCGAUCGCUUCGCCUCGCAUCGCAUCUG